AUGCGUAUUCCACUGCCUACACCGCUAAACCACGCAGGAAGGGCGAUAAACACACUCAACGAGACGCUCCCUCAGUUCUUCCAUGAGGGUUUAGUGGAUAUCUUACCAAAUGGCGCACCCCUAUACUCCCCGCACGUACAGCUCCGAUUGCGCCAAUUUUCACUGCCUUCUCUGCGCGGCAGAGGGGUGUAUAUGCGCAGUGCGGGUGUGCUGCGCGUGGUGUUUGUAGCGCUGCACGCGGACACAUCGGUGGUGGUGAAGGGUGUGAGCUUGCACGACCACCGCCAUGUCCACAUGGGGCUCAUAGUGAACGGCACGAACAGACUCACUCAGCAACGAUACGAGUGGGAUGUGCUGUUUCGAUAUGCAUUCGACGAAGCGGGGUUGGUGAGCACGCACGAGGUGUUGCGUAUCCAUCCCCCACCCACCACCAGCGUCGUAGAGGGACUGCGCGCGGUGCUAGCGGGGCUGAUUCGGGAGAGGAACAAGGAGAGAGGUGUCGUUGCCUGCGGGGGCGCCAAGGCUUCUGCUGGUGAUGCUAAUGACGGUGAGGUGCGCUGA